CUUCAUGAUAACCUUGUCGACAACAAUUAACAAGUACAAGGAGAGUAAACAUCAGCUUCGAUAUUCCUGCAAACUAAAUAAAUAGUCACAACUGGCUGUGUAAAACAUUAAAACUGCUAAUUAUUGCACCUUUUUAACAAAAUCCAAAGAUGGAGGCGAACGACUUUAAGAAUUCCCAAUCCUCAUCAACAACAGAGGAUGGGACGUCCUCAAAACGCCAGAAAUUGAGAUUCUCACCUCUCCACUCUUCAAGCACUGAUUCUGGGCCUCUCAAUGACCAUCAAUUAUCUAACAUAUCCAACCUGGAAAAAGAACUAGCAGCCCUUCACGUCAGGUUGCUUCACACCAGCACCAUCGUUAAUGAAUUCCAAAGGAAAAAGAAACAAAUUGAGAAUGUUCUUGAAGAAGAAGCUAAAAACCUGGAGGUAGAGUUGGAAGUUGACAAGGAAAUGAUAAAGCAAGUGGAAGUUCGUCUCGCAACGCAAAUUCGAAGCUCUCAAUCGUCUCAUGGGUCCCAGACUACUUUUGACUCUGAAAUGAUCCAAUUAAAAGCCAGGAUGAACCAGAGAAUCAAAAAUUUGUUAAGCGCAACUCCCAGAAUGAUUUCUUCGAGCCUAGAAGGCACUUUAUCAUCCACAAAGGUCGAAGAGAAUGAGUCAGAGGUUGGAAAAAAGCUGGAAGCGGCGGAGAAAAGAAUCAAGAUGGAGUUGGAGGAAAUCUUGGACGAUCAUUGGAUUUUGCAGGGAUUCGACUCUCAGAGUGUUGACUUCGAAGAGACUAGACUGAAACUUCAGAAAUUGAAUUCAAUAAGAGCUUUUUGGGAUGAAAAACCGACGUCACCAUUGAGUACACCUGGAGAAGUUGACCAGGUGAUGAUGACAGAUGGGUCAGAGGUUUCUAUUCUCCAGCAGUCGGGAACUGUUUUGAGUCAGAAAAUAGAGAAAUUGAAGUCUUUAGUUGGUGAUCUGCACAAUGAAAAUGAGAGGUUCAGACAGGAGUUUGAGGAAUUGGAGGAGAUGAGGGAUGUUAUGAGAGGGAGCGUUGAAAGGCAUGAGGAACAGGUAAUUAAAACUGAUCACUCUCCAGAUGCAGCUGGCCAUGGGGAUCCAUCAGGAGAAGAACCUGGAGCUGGUGAUGCAGAUGAAUUUCUCUUUGAUUGGACAGCAGGAAAAUAUGCUGACUCACAGAUGAUUCAAGAGGAGCUUCCAGCUCCAGGUAGUGGUGAAAUAUCAGGAGAAAUAUGUGGAGUUGGCGAUGGAGAUCCAUCUUCUGUUGGAGGUCAACAGGAGAAGACGCCUGUAGCAGAUCUACCUACAGCAAACGAUGAAGACGCACCUCAGGUAGAAUCAAUAAAGCAAAAUCUUCCGAUCAAAGUGAGUGAAUUUUGCGUUUUACCAUCGAAUCCAAAAUGGUUCGAGAUUGAUUGGGAGAGGGAGUACACGCAGGAUGUGAGCCGAGAAUAUAUCUGCAAUACGUGCUCCUUGAUCGUGGAAAAUAAGAUGAGAAUCCAGGAUCAUGUAUGGGUUACACAUUUCGGGGGUGGAUUCAAGUGCCCUGUUUGUCCUGAUUCUGCACGCGCUCUGACGAGGAGGUACAGCAUCGGAGCGCACAUGAGGAGCAAGCAUCCUAAUGAUUUGCCUCCAUGGAAAUGAACGGGAGAUGGAAGUAUUUCGUUCAAGUUUUCAGUUUAAGUACUCACAGUCUUUUGUUGCACAAACAAAUAAAUUGAGAUUUUCUAAAUGUAUUGAAGGUUUUUAGUUUACAGUCGUUUAAAUAAUUUGAAAUUGAUGUUAGUUUUGCUGGUUGAAAUUAGUUGAGUGAAAUUGACAAUUGAGACAAGGAAACAUGUCACACCUGAAAGAAAAUAAUUUGGAACAUAACUAAUAAUUUGGACAAAACUGUUUUUGUGGCAACUGUUUUUGUUCCUGAAAUAAAAAAAAAUCGUUCCAUUUCACUGUACCAAUCGUCACUAAUUAACGAUUGAAAGUCUAAGUUCAAAUGAAUGUCGAAUUUGACAUAUUCUUACCAUGAAUUGCUGGAGAUAUGAAAUGAAGCAAAAAGAUGAUUCAAUUUUCUUUUCCAUGAAUUUUUGUUCAUUUUAUUGUAAUGCUCAUUGAUACAUAAUUUACAAACAAAAAUAUUUAUAUUUUUUGCUUCAUUUCAGAGGGUGUGAAUCAAUGAAUUCCAUCAAGCUUUUUUUUUAGUUAGGACUGAAGUCACCAGUUAUACCACAACUAUACGCAUUGUGCCGGAAUUACAAAGCUUCAAUUCGUUAACGAUGUCUAAGCGAUGACGGAAUGUAGGAGGUGAGGCGGAAGGGAAUCUAUUGUAUUCCCGCAGAAAACAAAUCCUUGAAGAAGAAAAAUUCGUUCCCUUCAAUGGAAUAAUACAACCGUACUUAGCUUAUUCUGUAGUCAAAUAAUAUUUUUUAUAACUUCAAUUUUUUUCCUACAUCCUACAUGCAUCAAAAAAAUUUAU